UGAGUUGCUCAGACAUGGCGGAGGAUACAGUGUAACUGGGCAGCAGCGGCGGAGUUACGUGAGUUUUCCCAGCAGUUGAGUCAGCAAAAGGCGCAUGAAAUGAUACAUAAAAAGAGGAAAAUGUGUUCGGUUAAAGCGUACUCUGAAGGGAAGCGAAAAACGACGAUAAGCGCCACACGUUGGUAAGAUGGAAAAAUGUAUCGCUGUUUAGUGCAGUCAACAGCCUUGGGCAACAAAUAUGGCUUCUUGUGCCUUUUUCAGUAUGCUAUAAAAAUUGUUCUCCCGUGCAACCUAAUGCCGUGGUGGCUCCGGCGAAGUUCUGCAAGCCGCUACAAGUUAAGUUCAAUAAUCGCUCAGUACUUUUGAUCGGGAAGGAUAUUACAUCCACUUGGCCGUCUGGGGUUAGCUGGGAAGCUACGGAACUACAGCGGAUAGCAAUGGAGCCAAAGCACAAAGAGUUGCUAGACCAGUGUCACCAGAACUUAUUGGAGUCCAUAACAGAUGCGGACCGUGUGAUCGAGCUGCUGAUAGUUUCCGGUACUUUGAGUCAACUCGACAGGUUCGAGCUGGACCAGAACUGUUCGUCCAGCGCCGAGAAAGUCGACCACCUUUUGAAGAUGCUGAUGAACAAGGAGAGCGACCAUUUCCUCGACCUGUGUGUGGCCCUGGAGAAGGCAUACCCUGACCUGUAUGCUGCUCUGUUCGGGAACAACGGGGGAGGACCUGUGGACCACUCCACCGGUUCCACGUACAGCGUUCUCUCCACAAUGCCCUCCGACUCAGAAAGCAGCAGUUCCCUCAGCAGUGUUGGUUCGCCUGUUAAUGGUGAAGCAUCCUCCCCACCCCCAGCUAUCAAUGACAACCGGCAUUCCAGUGACAACCUGGACACCAUCUUGUUGCAGCUCCGCCAGGUGACCAGGGAGCGGGAUGAGCUUCGUAAGCGUCUGGCGUUGGCAUCGCCUGGGACCACCUUCGACGACUGCAGGCCAAAUUCCAAAGCCAGUCAUGACUAUGAGCGUCUAAAAAGUCAGUGCAUUGGGGCCAUGGCAGAUCUGCAGUCUCUGAAGAACCAGCAUACUAAAACACUCAAGAGGUGCGAGGAAGCUGUGAAGGAGGCCGACUUCUACCACAUGCUGCACAGCCGUGUCUUAGGUGACCAGGCACAGCUGAAGGAGGAGAUGGAAACACUCAGGAGGGACAAUGCCCAACUUGUCCGGGAGCACAACCACCUAAAACAGAACUGUGAGGAGCUCAAACGACUGCACAGUCAAGACCAGAAAGAGUUGGCGGACCUUCGGCUGCAGCAACAGCAGGUAAUGAGCGAGAAGGGCUCAUCAGAGGUAUUAAAUAAGCUGUACGAUACUGCUAUGGAGAAGUUGGAGGCUGUAAAGAAGGAGUAUGAUGCCCUGAGCAAGCGUUACAGUGAGAAGGUAGCUAACCACAACACAGACCUGAGCCGCCUGGAGCAAGCAGAGGAGGAGAACCGGAGGCUGCAGAAGCAGAUGGAUGCGUUGCUCAAACAGCGAGACUCAGCUAUGCACUACCAGCAGCAGUACUCUACCUCAAUGAGGAGGUUUGAUUCAGUGCAGCAGGAGCUGAACAAGUCCUCAGCUCAGAACAAGGAACUGCAGAGAGAGAUGGAGCGGCUGCAGUCAGAGGUGACGCGCUACAAGAACUUGCAGCUGAAGUCGGCCAAGGACUGCGAGAAGUACAAGGAGGAGAGGGACUCUGUGUUUAACGAAUAUCGCCUCAUCAUGAGCGAGAGGGACCAGGUGAUCAAGGAGGUGGACAAGUUGCAAACUGAACUGGAGGCAGCUGAGGCUCGACUGAAAAACACUUCAUCAGAGAGGGUGGUGGCCAGUGAAGAGUUGGAGGCUCUCAGACAGGAGUUGAACUCGUCACUGGUGGACCGUGACAGGGCCAUCUGCGAGAGGAAUGAGCUGCUGGAGAAGUAUUGCCAUGAGGUGAAGGACAAAGCUGAGGCCCAGAAGGAGUUGAGCCAGGCCUGCAAAGACAUCGAGACGGUCCGGGAGGAGAGGGAUGUGGCCCGCAAGGAGAGGACAGAGGCCAUCAUUCAAAGGGAUCAGCUGCUCAGAGAGUACUAUCAAGCCAGACAAAAACAAGACUCUGCCACCUUGGACAUGGAACGAGCCAAUAAAGAGAUCGAGAUGCUAAGGAAACAGUAUGAAGCGAUGUCCCAGGAGCUGAAGGAGGCCACACAGGAAGCUGAGGUGGCCAAAUGUCGAAGGGAUUGGGCCUUCCAGGAGAGAGACAAAAUAGUGGCGGAGAGAGAAAGCAUAAGGACUCUGUGUGACAACCUGCGGCGAGAAAGGGACCGGGCAGUCAGCGAUCUGGCCGAUGCCCUGCGUAAUUUGGAUGAUAUGAGAAAACAAAAGAACGACACAUUGCGAGAACUUAAAGAACUAAAGGAGAAGAUGGAAAGCCAGCUGGAGAAGGAGGCCCGGUUCUGUCAGUUAAUGGCCCACAGCUCUCAUGACUCAGCCAUUGACACAGACUCCCUGGAGUGGGAGACGGAGGUGGUGGAGUUUGAGAAGGACAGGGAUGACAUGGAUUUGAAGGCGCUUGGGUUUGAUAUUGCAGAGGGGGUAAAUGAUCCAUAUUUACCAGGAGAUUGUGGCAUUUUUGUUACACGGGUGGACAAAGGAAGUAUCGCAGAUGGAAGGUUAAGAGUGAAUGAUUGGCUGUUGAAGAUUAAUGACAUGGACCUGACCAAUAAGGACAGGAAGCAGGUGGUGAAGGCUGUUCUUAAUGGCGGAGGACUGAUCAAUAUGGUGGUACGAAGGAGGAAGUCUCUAGGAGGAAGGCUGGUCACUCCUGUUCAUAUAAACCUUAUGGGACACAAAGACAGUGGCAUUGGUCUGGAAAGUGGAGUGUUCGUCGCUGCCAUUGUCCAGGGAAGUCCAGCAGCCAGGGAGGGCUCUCUCACAGUUGGAGACAGACUUAUUGCUAUAAACGGAAUUGCUCUGGAUAACAAGUCUGUGACAGAGUGUGAGGCUUUGCUGCGGAGCUGCAGGGACUCUCUCAGCCUCUCUCUUAUGAAGUUUUUCCCUCACAGCACAUCAGGCCAGAACAUUUUUGAGAGUCUGCGCGAGUCAUCAGAGAAGUCAAACGGGCGCAUUCACCUGUCGGAGAUUCACUCUCGGAACAGUCGGAAUCUCAAACACAACAGCUCGACACAGACUGACAUUUUCUGCCCAGAUGUUGGAAGCGCUAGCACAGGCAGCAUUUCUGGGGAGAGGAAAAAGGUCAGAGGUGAAUCUGAUGACAUGUAUGGUGACAUCAGCAGGCCCUUCUCCACAGGAUCCCUCCAUGCCACCAGCCUUCGGCCAUCUUCAGACUUGGGAAAUGGUCGGUAUGGGCCCAGUGCUUUCCAAGAGUGCUGUCCCUACACAAAAGCGCCUUCCUCUUUGCCCUUUGAGCCAGUUUCACCCGCAGACUGCAUCACCAUGGAUGCAGCCAUGGAGAAGAAGCACAGUGGCGGCACGUGGCCAAAAAUGAUAGUGGGAAGUAUGUCGGUCGCACCAGAUACUAGAGACACUAGUCCAGUCUCUGCAGCCACCCAACUCUCCAUCUACAAAUCACCCAAGCAGAGGAAGUCCAUCUUUGACCCAGACACUUUCAAACGCCCCGAAACACCUUCCACUAAGAUGGAGUACAUGGCAGCCAAUCAGACUGCAGCAGUGGCUGCUGCUGCUGCAGCAGCUUCUCACUCUCCACAACCUUCAAAGACAGAGUCCCUCUCCUCCUCAUCAACCCCUACCCCAACUCCCCCAACCCCACCCACUCGCAGCGACUCCUUUAAAUUCAAACACAAACAUCAAAGCAGCUCUGCCUCUGACUGCACAAUCACCUCUGACGGCAAGGGAGAGGCUGCCAUCUCCAUGGCAGCAGGCGAGUGCAGAGACAGGAGUGAGCGAGAAAGGGACAGGAACGGAAACCACUAUUUCCUGGAAGGCAAGGUCCUCACCUCACGGAAGUCUUGUGAUGAGGACAUUGGUCGUACCAGAGGGGAGGAGCCAGAGGUGAAGAGGCCACGCCCUAAAUCUGCCCCUGCCCUUCGACGUAGGAUGACCCCUCAGACCAUUACUCUUCCCACCUUCCAAAGCUACUCUAAUGAUGAGCAUUCACCAGAGCCCAGGGACAUGCUGCGUUCCUCCCCCAGCCGCUCUCAUAGACACAGUGUCGGCUUUGUCCCCACAGUCUACGGUGGAUCCCUACCUCCAAAUUCCACCCACCGUGGACUGUCACCUUGCCCUGCUGUGACGGCCGUAAUGAGGAAUCCUGUGUACACCGUGCGCAGUCACCGUGUUCAUACCAGCAACUGUCCAUCUGUCGCAUCCCAGAUAUGCCACCAGCACACCCACACCAGCCCACAACACCAGGGUCGUCUGAGCCUGGACCUGAGCCAGCAGAAACGCUCCAAUGACUUCUCCGAAUCCUCAUCAUCACGCAGCAGCAGAGCUUCACACGGUACAAACUCACUGCCAUCCAGUGCACGGCUCGGUUCUUCCAAUAAUGUUCAGUACCGCACAGAGAGGAUCAAAAUCCCCUCUACUCCCCGCUACCCGCGCUCCAUGCUGGGCUCAGACAGAGGCUCCCUCUCGCAUUCCGAGUGUAGCAGUCCCAGCCUCAUCACGCCUCCACAAUCACCACUCAAUCUGGAGACUUCCUCAUUUGCCAGCAGCCAAUCACAAGGAUCCAUUUCUACUUUACCUCGGAUCUCAGUCAGCCCUGUGCCAAUAGGAGAGCGCAGGAAAGACAGGCCAUACCUGGAGGAACCCCGCAAUGUCAUUGUGCACAAAGGUGCAGAGCCUCUGGGCAUCUCCAUUGUCAGUGGGGAGAACGGAGGAAUCUUUGUGUCUAAAGUCACUGGAGGUAGCAUCGCCCACCAGGCAGGACUGGAGUAUGGAGACCAAUUACUGGAGUACAAUGGCAUCAACUUGCGGAACGCUACUGAGCAGCAAGCUCGUCUCAUCAUCGGCCAGCAGUGCGACACCAUCACCAUUAUGGCACAGUACAACCCACACAUGUACCAGCUGGGCAACCACUCUCGCUCGAGCUCCCGUCUGGAGCCAGUCAGUACUCAGCCAACUCCGCAGGGCAGUGGGGCCGCUACACCUGACAAUCACUCCACCAUCGAUACACUCAGUGAACAGGACGAGGGCACGCUCACUCCCUCCUCCAAGCAGACUACGCCCACUACCAGCCCUCGCAAUUUUAUCAGGAUGCCGUCUGAGGGGGGCAGGAAAGCGGGUGAGCCGCGGCUCGUAACAGUUCGCAGGCCUGGGGUGGAAGUAGGGGUCACACUCUGUGGAGGAAACCUGAGGGGUGUCUACAUAGAGAGUCUGGAUGAGGACAGUCCUGCUCGAGGUCCUGAUGGGCUGCUUCCUGGGGACCUCAUCCUGGAGUACAACUCGGUGAAUAUGAAGAAUAAGACAGCCGAAGAGGUUUAUGUUGAGAUGUUGAAACCUGUGGAGACGGUCACAUUAAAGGUGCAGCAUCGGCCUGAUGACUUCAACGUGGUCAAAGAUAUUUCAGGAGAUGGCUUUUACAUUAGAGCACUUUACGACAGGGUGGGGGAGGCCGAGGGGGACCUCAGUUUUAAGAAGGAUGACAUCCUGUACGUGGAUGAGUCUUUACCAAAGGGCAUCUUUGGGACCUGGAUGGCCUGGCAGCUAGAUGAGAACGCACAGCAGAUCCAGAGGGGGCAGAUCCCCAGCAAGUACAUGAUGGACCAAGAGUUUUACCGCAGACACAGCGUGACGGAAAUGAAGGAAGACUCCAGUAAGACACUCUCUGCAGCAGCCCGCAGAUCCUUUUUCAGGAGGAAACAGAAACACAAACGCAGCAGCUCCAAAGACAGCAAAGAGAUGGUGGCUCUGGACACCAUCAGCACAGACUCCAUCCCCUUCCUUGAUGACUGUGUGAGCUUGGCAUACCAGCGAGUCCAGAAGGUGGAGUGCACCUCUCCCCGACCAGUACUCAUCCUCGGGCCUCUCACAGACCCCGUCAAGGAGAUGCUGGUGAAAGAAUCGCCCGGAAAGUUCUGCAGAUGUGUACUGGAGGUGAUGAAGGCAUCUCAGCAAGCCAUCGAGCGGGGCGUCAAAGAUUGCCUCUUCAUUGACUACAAGCGCAGGAGCGGACAUUUUGAUGUGACCACUGUUGCUUCUAUAAAAGAAAUAACAGAUAAGGGCUGUCACUGUUUGCUCGACAUCGCUCCGCACGCCAUUGAGCGGCUCCACAGUGUUCACAUUUAUCCAAUUGUUGUCUUUGUCCGCUACAAAAACGCCAAGCAGAUCAAGGAACAGAAAGAUCCGAUCUAUCUGCGAGACAAAGUGUCUCAAAAACAUUCCAAGGAGCAAUUUGAAAGUGCACAGAAGAUAGAACAAGAAUACAGCAAAUUCUUCACAGGUAUUGUCCAAGGCGGCACACUCCCGUACAUUUGCACUCAGAUCAUGACUAUAGUUGAUCAAGAACAAAGUAAAGUCCUGUGGACUCCACUCGGCUGCCCCUAGAGGAGACGAGCAGCUAUUACAGCAAGCUUCGGCUUUCAUCCCCAUUCCCCGCACACUAAUUAACCCUUUCACACUACACCAUUAGGUACACUACAUAGAGCUAGUUGUGUAAAUUAUUGCUAUAUUUUUUUUUAUGUUGUCUUUUGUUAUGAUUCCUAAUCAGAACCUCGUUUAUUUCUGAUGUACUCCGGAGCAGGUUAGUAGCACUGGAUAUCAACAUUAGAGUUCUUUCAGUCUUCCCUAAGGGUUUGUGGUGGUGUAUUUGUGAUGCUGCAAUGUAAGCGUCCGUUUACAGUCAACAGACUGUGAACGGACUAUUGGUGUUCAAUAUUUGCUUGAAUGCGUGUGCCCCGCUCCCAUGUACGCAAACCUCCUUACUGAUGAAGUUCAGCCACCUCUGACCCGCCCGUGUACCAAAUGACAUUUGUGGUUUCCCUGAAAUUAUGCACCCAUUUGAUGAUGACUGACAACUAAUUGUAUUGUUGUGUGUGUGUGUGUGUGUGUGUGUGUGAGUUUGUGAGCGUGGAGAGGGAAAAAAAAGCAACAUUGAGACUGUUGUACACAAUUGUAAUGACAAUUUCAAAUGAGUUGAAUCACAUUGAUACUAUGCUAUAGAAAUGUAAUGCCAGGAUCAGACAUCACAUUCCGCGUGGUGUUUCAUCACAAAAAAGGAAAAAAGAAGGAAAAAAAAAGAAGCAUCAAACCUCUUGAAGUAUGUAGCUGUGGUCUUACUGAGCCCAUCUCAGCAGUGAUGGCCAUCAAAACUCUAAACACAUUGAUGUUUGCUCUAUGCAUUGUGUUUCUGUAGUAGCUGGGUGUGUGGACAGCUUACGGGCCUUUCGGAAGUGCCUUCGGAGAAAAGGCCUGAUCUGAAACCAGCCCUUGAUCACUUAGCCAGAAAGCUGAGGAUUUUCUUUUUUUUUUUCUUCUUCUUUUCUUUCUUUCUUUUUUUCUCUGAGUUUCUAAUCUAGAUCCGAUGUAUCAUUUCACCCGUGGUGGACUAGAUGAUUCAGAGGCUGAUUUGAGACCAGUACUAUGUUAGCGCAUGACAAUGGCGAGGUUUGGAGGGUAGGUCGAAGCGGCGACCAACGGGUCAACUCCUCAGAAUGCACUCCAGGGCUAGACAGACCACUGUGUAACUAUCAUUCUCUCUCUUUAACAUAUAUUUAACAACACUAUAGAGUAUACCUUAUACAGUAUGCAGAUACAGGAAAAAAAACAAGCAAAAAUAUAUAUAUAAAUAUAUAUAUAUAAAUAUAUAGUACAUGUAUUUUCACUAGGUCAUAUGCCUAGGAACGUCUGGCAGUCAAGUCACGUCUUAGCAGGUAUUAGCAUGUUUUUUUUUUUUAAUUUUUCUUUUUUAAGAUUUUUUUCUCUCUGUGGUUGGUUGCCAGUCACUUACGUACUCAUUCAGAGACACUAUGAAGCAAAAUUUGCAGGGUAAUAUCUUAUUGGAGUUUCCUCUGAUCCGUUUAAAUGUUACUGACUUUUCAUUGUUAUUUAAUUUUUUUUGUUAUUCAAGAAGCAAAAAUUAUUGACUACAAAUAUUCUGCCCUUCCCUCAAACCAUAUCCUGUAUCUUGUGCCAAAAUCCACUAAGUCAACUUUAUCCUUUGAUUUCUGUUUUGCACUUGUUUUUUCUGUGAACCUUAAACAUGUCACUGUUCUUAGGUUUCCAGCAGAUUAUGAAUAGGUACUCUAAUUUUUGUUGUCGCUAAUUCAUGUUUUUAUGUAUCACAUCAGUUCCUUACAUUUCAUUGAUGGCCUUUUUAUUCGUAAUUAGGGGGAAAGGAUCACUUCUUAUUUGAAAUAUUAAAAAGGGAUCUACUCUUGCACAGUUUUUCGAACAAAACAAAAAGGUCCACGUGUUUGACUAUUGGGCUAAAGGAGUAAACAGAAGCAAACUGUAAUGUUACUAUUUUUAUGAGUAGAUAGCGUAUGUUUAGAGAGCAGGACACAACGUGAAGUGGUUGUACUUGUAGAGGAAGAGUGUAGAUGCCAGGUACUGAUUGAAUUUUUCUUUUAUUAAAAAGAAUGUGAUUUGUAUGUUAAGACAUUAACAUGAGAAUAAAGCUCAUUUUCUGUAUCACAA